GUUUGGAUUUCAAUGAUCAAUCUUCAAUUGAUUAAUUUAAAUAUAAUAUUUAUAAAUUAAUUCAUUCUGUUUAAUUACAUUAAGUAUACUAUCAUAUCCGUUAUUAUUUUAUUAUUUAUAUAUUUAUAAUUAAAAUACGGGAUCUAUGUAAUAGGCAUGUGGCGGCCAACCUUGACUAUUUUCCGAAAGGUAAUCUUACCUUCUCUGAAAGAAAACGCAUUUUCUAAAGUGUUAUAUUCAACCAAAACCAAGCUCCCUAAAUCAACAGCAAAAUUAACAUUGGUGAGCGCUAGUGUUGGAAUAUUGAUAGGUGCCGGCUAUGGAAGUUACACACAUUACAAAGUUAAUGUUAAAAAAAGAAAUAAUGUCAUAGAAACUGAUGAAUAUGCCUUUUUAAAAGAAGCACCAGAAUACAAAGCUCAUUACAAGGUUUUGAAUGAUACAGACUCUAGCAACUUACAACUUAUUUUGUUUCAAUAUCGUACAUGCCCAUUUUGUUGCAAAGUUAGAACAUAUUUAGAUGCUAAAGGAAUCAGCUAUGAAGUUGUUGAAGUUGAUGCUGUUCUGCGACAAGCAAUAAAAUGGUCAGGUUAUAAGAAAGUGCCUAUUUUAUUAGCAAAAGUAGAAGAUGGUUAUCAGCAAUUACUUGAUAGUACUGCAAUUAUAUCUGUCCUUGAAACAUAUCUUCGGGAUAAGCAAAUGCAGUUAAGAGACAUUAUCAAAUAUUAUCCCUCAACCCGGUAUACUAAUGAUUCGGGAAAAGAAGUAACUGAUAUAACCAAUAAAUAUUUUGUAAUGUUAAAUAGUACAACAAGUGAAAAAAAGAAAAUUGCGGAAAUGGAAGAGCGGGAUUGGAGAAAAUGGGCAGAUUCUGUAUUGGUUCACACAUUGUCUCCUAAUGUCUACCGAACAACUGAGGAAGCUAUUGAGACAUUUAAAUGGUUUGAAGUUGUUGGUGGAUGGAGAGAAUCAUUCCCAGCUUGGGAAGUUGCACUUAUGGUUUAUGGUGGCGCAGCUGCAAUGUGGAUUAUUUCAAAGAGGCUUAAAAAGAGACAUAACAUUAAAGAUGACGAGCGUCAGUCGUUAUAUGAUGCAGCCAAUGAUUGGAUGUCAGCCAUUCAAAAGAAAGGCACUGUUUAUCUAGGUGGUGAUACACCUAAUUUGGCAGAUAUAAGUGUAUUUGGUGUACUUUGUAGUAUUGAAGGAUGUCGAGCUUUUGAAGAUUUGAGGCAAAACACAGCCAUAGGUAAUUGGUUUGAUAAUAUGAAAAAACACUUAGAGGCCACUAAAGGGAGGGUUAUACCCCUUAAAUAAAGUAAUUUUAACAAAUAUGUACAAAAGAAAAAUAUGUUUUAUGGCUCAUAAUGUUCUACGGCCAUUCUUAAAGCCCUCAAAUGUUUACCAUCUUAAAUAUAGCUAGUGUGGUAAUCAAGUUGAUUUGUCCAGGAUAAAUUUAUAAUAAAAUGGUAUUUUUAAAUUUUGAACUAAUUUAAUUAAUUCUGUCAUGAUGUGGCUAGUCUUAAAUGGCCAUUUCUAUUAAUAUAGAUUUAAUAAAGAGAUAUGUCUAUCCAUGUACUAUACCAAAAAUCAGUUACUAGCUGCCAGUACUUGUUUAAAAUUUAUCAUAAAAAAACCUUAUUAAUAUACUGGACAUAAAUUGGACUUUUAAAUAGAUCUUUUCUCGCGGGGCAUUCUUAUGGCUACUUUAGUAUUAUAUUUAUAAUUAAUAUAUCAUUUUAGUUUCAAGAUUAAUAUUAAUUUGCGAACCUUUUUCAAGGAAGCGCGCAUGUAGUGUAUCUUUAAUAAAAUCAUAAGCGUAUGUUUAGUUGAUUUAAAAAGAAAUUGUUUAAAUAUACCAGAAUUUGUAUUUUCCAAAGAAAUUUUUAAGUUUUUAUGGUACACAAUAAGUUGUAUUUCUCAGUUGCUGUGUUUUAGUUUACAUACCUUGAUAAUAACAUAUUUACAU